UCUGUCGUGAUGUCAUCAGUUCUGGCUUAUUUGGCUUUGAUCUGGAGUGUAUUUUAUAAAUAGAAUAGUGCAGGCACACUUGAACUCACAGAGGACACUGGUUUAUAACGACAUUUGGAGUCCUAGCAGAGAAGAGCUGGAGAUGCAGAUUGAAAGCCUGAAAGCCCAAUUGAUUGAGGCUCAGGCUCGACACGCCGUCGCCAGCACGUCCACACAGGAGCCGACGGAGAACUCGAGCGAGAUGAAGCUGCAUCCUGAGGUUGCACCUCAGGUUCGUGCGCUCUCCGUCAGCCUCUUUGUGGUGAAAAUCGACGAGCUGAAGAUGCAGCUGAAGGAGAAUUCCAUGGCCAAGUUAGAGGCUCUCUCCAAAGCUGAGCGUUUGGAGAAGGAGCUAACCUUCAAGGAAGCUGAGACUCUGGAGCUGCGAGGGAAAGUUAGCCAGAUGGAGGGCGCUCUUCUGACCCAGAGAGAGGAGGCUGAGCUGGAUGCUGGACAUUUACAGGCUGUACAUCAAGAACAGCUGUGGAAGCACCAGUUUCACCUCAACGAAACACUCAGGCAGAAUGCCGCUUUACAGGAGUCAAACGAGUCCUUCCAGGCUCAACUGGACCAGCAGAAGAUAUUAUAUGAAAAGUUCGUGGCUACUCUGAUGGCAUCUGAAGAGAAGCUGGAGAGAGCGAGAUCGAUUGUUGACCUGGAGACUCAGGAACAGGUGAAGCGGUUUGCAGCUGACCGUUCCAAGUGGCAGGAGGAAAAAGCCUCCUUGCUUGAGCAGAGCAGAGUCUCCUGUGUGGCUCGGCUGGAGGAGGCCAAAGCCUCCCGUGAAGCUCAGCUCCAGGACAAAGGCGAGCAACAUUUUGAAGGUUUGCGAGAGUGGCGGGAGGAAAAGUCGUCCCUCCGUAAGGCCUCGGAGCUCAGACGGACUCUCCAGGAGAUGGAAGAAUGGUCAGAGAAGAAGGAGGCCAUCCUUCACGAAAUCAUGGCUGCCCGGAAAAUCACAACUGAGAACCAGGGCACGAUGCGCCUCCUCCUGGACCACCAGACGACCUCUCUCCAGGCCAAGCUGGACCAGCAGCAACACGAGAAUCACAAAAUCGUGGCUGCUCUGACGGAGACCCAGCAGGAGCUGAAGACUGUACGGGAUCGUUGGAAGAGGGGCAAGGGUUGGCUCAUGAAGGAGCUGGAAGACUCUAGGAUCAGCAUUCUUUCCCAGCUGCACAGCCGGGAUCAAGAGCACAAGGUGGAGAAUGAGAGGCUCCAGACUGCUCUGAUGGCGUCUGAAGAGGAGCUGAAGACUCAACGGGCCCAGUCGCAGAGGGGCGAGGGUGGCCACCUGGAGGAGCUGGAACACUGUAGAAACAGCUUGCUUGCCCAGCUGACCAUGCAGGGUCAAGAGCGGAAGAUGGAGACUGAGGGCUUCCCGGCUAGUCUGAUGGACCUUUCCAAGUGGGAGGGGGAAAGGUCGACCCUCCUUAAGGCCUCGGAGGAGCUGAAACUGACGCUCCAGAAUAAGGAGGCCGUCCUUCACGGGGAGAGCGUUGCUCUGGAGGCCCAGGUGGCUCUUCUGGAGAAAAAGAUCGGCGACAAGAACAGGAACAAAUGGUACAGGAGACUUUGGAAUCCAGUCUGGGAAACCCUGAGAUAAGCCCAUGUUCUGGUCGCAUGAGUCCGGGGAACAAGGAUGGGCUCCUGAUGGGGUCAUGGGGCACUGAUGAUGACUGACGUAACCUGGGGUUACAUUACUAGUCCAACAUGAGGCCCAGCUCCAGUAGACUGAACACAGCUGUUCUGGGCUUCUGUGUUAGAACGAGACGUUUAGACAGAACGGGAGCAGAAACCUCUGAUGUCUCGCCUGAAGAGUCAGAGGCUCCACACCAAGCACCUGAUCUGUGUGUUUGAGUAAUGCUAAUAAUCCUAAUAACAUUAAUAAUCAUGAAGAUCCAGGGACGCACGGUGGCGUAGUAGGUAGCGCCUCACUGAAGAGCCGUCCGUCCGGGACAGGUUGAAUUCUUCUGCGGGUCGAUCCCAAAGUCAAGGACAGACAGAAUAGAGCGAAGACAACAAUUAGCUUCAUUCGCCCAAAGGUGAACAAUUAGCCCGACGCUGAGUUCACUGACGUCGUGAAUCCAAAUGGCUGCUGCUACUCUAGUAGAACUGGGAGCGAUGUUAUGUAGAAACAUAUAUAUAUGAUAUUAAUGUUAUACGACGGGACACGGGGAGUUGGAGUCGGCCGGGCGCCGACGGGACGGAACACACAUAAACACAUAAAUGUAUUUAUGUGUGUGUCUGUGUGUGUGUGUCUGAACCAGAGCUGCGUUUCACGGCAGCAUCGACGACAACAACAUGAAGUCCAAACGUUCAUUUUGUGGGAUAAAUAUUCAACUUACUGCAGUGACCUGGUCUGUCCACUGGAUGGAGCUGCUGUCAAGCUGUGAGGACCCACAGAGACACCCUCCACCAGAGGGUGGAGCUGGAGGCAUGUGUUCAUGUGUUCAUGGAUUCAUGUGUUCAUGUGUUCAUGGGUUCAUGUGUUCAUGGGUUCAUGUGUUCAUGUGUUCAUGUGUUCAUGGAUUCAUGUGUUCAUGUGUUCAUGUGUUCAUGGGUUCAUGUGUUCAUGUGUUCAUGGAUUCAUGUGUUCAUGUGUUCAUGGGUUCAUGUGUUUAUGUGUUCAUGUGUUCAUGGGUUCAUGGGUUCAUGUGUUCAUGGAUUCAUGUGUUCAUGUGUUCAUGGAUUCAUGUGUUCAUGUGUUCAUGUGUUCAUGUGUUCAUGUGUUCAUGUGUUCAUGGAUUCAUGUGUUCAUGUGUUCAUGGAUUCAUGUGUUCAUGGAUUCAUGUGUUCAUGUGUUCAUGGGUUCAUGUGUUCAUGUGUUCAUGGGUUCAUGUGUUCAUGUGUUCAUGUGUUCAUGGAUUCAUGUGUUCAUGGAUUCAUGUGUUCAUGUGUUCAUGGAUUCAUGUGUUCAUGGAUUCAUGUGUUCAUGUGUUCAUGGAUUCAUGUUUUCAUGUGUUCAUGUGUUCAUGGGUUCAUGUGUUCAUGUGUUCAUGGAUUCAUGUGUUCAUGUGUUCAUGUGUUCAUGUGUUCAUGGGUUCAUGUGUUCAUGUGUUCAUGUGUUCAUGUUUUCAUGUGUGCAUGUGUUCAUGUGUUCAUAGAUUCAUGUGUUCAUAGAUUCAUGUGUUCAUGUGUUCAUGGAUUCAUGUGUUCAUGUGUUCAUGUGUUCAUGUGUUCAUGGAUUCAUGUGUUCAUGUGUUCAUGGAUUCAUGUGUUCAUGUGUUCAUGGAUUCAUGUGUUCAUGGAUUCAUGUGUUCAUGUGUUCAUGGGUUCAUGUGUUCAUGUGUUCAUGUGUUCAUGUGUUCAUGUGUUCAUGGAUUCAUGUAUUCAUGUGUUCAUGGAUUCAUGUGUUCAUGUGUUCAUGGAUUCAUGUGUUCAUGUGUUCAUGGAUUCAUGUGUUCAUGGAUUCAUGUGUUCAUGGAUUCAUGUGUUCAUGUGUUCAUGUGUUCAUGGGUUCAUGUGUUCAUGUGUUCAUGGAUUCAUGUGUUCAUGGAUUCAUGUGUUCAUGGAUUCAUGUGUUCAUGGAUUCAUGUUUUCAUGUGUUCAUGUGUUCAUGGAUUCAUGUGUUCAUGUGUUCAUGUGUUCAUGUGUUCAUGUUUUCAUGUGUUCAUGUGUUCAUGUGUUCAUGGAUUCAUGUGUUCAUGGAUUCAUGUGUUCAUGUGUUCAUGUGUUCAUGUGUUCAUGGAUUCAUGUUUUCAUGUGUUCAUGUGUUCAUGUGUUCAUGGAUUCAUGUGUUCAUGUGUUCAUGGAUUCAUGUGUUCAUGGAUUCAUGUGUUCAUGGGUUCAUGUGUUCAUGUGUUCAUGUGUUCAUGGAUUCAUGUGUUCAUGUGUUCAUGGAUUCAUGUGUUCAUGUGUUCAUGGAUUCAUGUGUUCAUGGAUUCAUGUGUUCAUGGAUUCAUGUGUUCAUGUGUUCAUGGAUUCAUGUGUUCAUGUGUUCAUGUGUUCAUGUGUUCAUGGAUUCAUGUGUUCAUGUGUUCAUGGAUUCAUGUGUUCAUGGAUUCAUGUGUUCAUGGAUUCAUGUGUUCAUGUGUUCAUGCGUUCAUGUGUUCAUGUGUUCAUGGAUUCAUGUGUUCAUGGAUUCAUGUGUUCAUGUGUUCAUGGGAGGAGGAGGAAGGAGGGGGAAUGCUCAAAGCAUUUAGCUCAAAGCUAAAUGCUUUGAGCUAAAUGCUUUGAGCUAAAUGCUAACGUCAGCAUGCUAACAGGUCAAAAAGGGCCCAACAGCACAGGAGACAGCUGUUCAUGUCCUGUGCCAAAAGUCAACGUUGACUUAUUUAUAUUUAACUAAAGUUAUUAUUUUAAGCCCAGACCAUGAUCUUGAUC